AGAAUUAUUGGAUGGGCUUGGCAUCAAGAGCAUUCUGACAAUUGCGUCCAACGUAGGCCCUCCUAAGUUCCCUGGCGCAUUCAAGUACACCGAGGUUUCGAUCAUAGACUCGUCUCAUGUUAACAUAGUUGCACACUUCGAGCUGUGCUUCAAAGCCAUUGACGAAGGGAUCAAAUCAGGCGGCAUCCUUGUUCAUUGUGUAGCAG